AUGGAUUUACCAGAACUCCCGCCGAGGAUGUUUACAUUAGGAGAAGAGCCCGAUGCAAUCAGGAGCAUUUCGUAUCAUUCUUAUGACACGAAGUUGUUUAAAGCUCUAUGUGAUUGUCUCACAGCUGACGAAUAUGAGGAUCUGAAGGCGUCGAAGUUAGGAGUGUUCAUCAAAUUCAAGGAGCUUGACUUUGAGUUUGAACACCUCACUGGGCUGAACUGCGAUUACAUCAAGGACCUGGAAAAUCCAAGGUGUGAGGUUACGUCGGAGAUGGCUGCUUUCUGGGAGAAGAUGCGUGUUGAUAUCGAUACUGGGCCAAGUAUUGAACAGAUAACAGAAGCAUUUUACAACUGCGACGAGUGGUCUCCGGACGAUCGCAUGCGGCUGGGAUACCUUGCCAUCUACGCAGGAUACAUCGAAGGGAAAAAGUUCUCAUCCGCUACAUCAGCUAGUCUUGCAAGGCUAGUGCUGAUGGAUUCUCUGAAGGCAAAAGACUUGACGCAAACUGGUUACACUGUUGAUGGGUUCAUACAAGUGCUCCAAGUGUGGGCGUACUAUGUUAUGCCAGAAUUGGGUGCUAAUUAUGGGUCUCCCAUACCAAACAGACCGUCUCCACUGUUGCUGGCUUACAGGGGUGGCAAAAGACAACGCAAAUGUUUUAAGGCUGCUAUCAAUAAACAGACUAUCGUGAAGAACUUCGUUCAGAAGGAUUUUGAUGAAAUGUUUCCAAAAUGGGACGGAGACGUAGAUGACCCUGCCGCAGAUAACAUAAUUAAAGUCAUGUUUAAUGAUCCUGGAUGGGAGUGGACCAUGGAAUGCUGGCCAGUCACCGGUACUCGCAAGAUUGUGAAGAUGGAAGUGAGUCCAGUGAAUAAUGAAGUGAGUCCCGUGAAGUCAGAGAGUGUUGUGAAGGAAGGAAGUAGCAGACCUCGGAAGAAAGCUCGUAAAGGGUCUUCUGUUUCUGCUGAGACACCUGCGGCGGGUAGUGAAGGGAUGACGCAUCAGCAGAUUGAAAAGUCCUUGAAGGACAUAUCUGAUGCCAUUAAUCUUGGCUUUGGGACGUGCCUUAAGGAGCUCAAGUUACUGGCGGAUAGGAUGGUAGCUGUGGAGAAGAAGGUGGGAAUCACCAACAGAGGGGGUUCAUCUGAUGAUCGUCAACUUUGUGAAAAACCAUUCCCAAGAUACACAGCUCGCCAAUUUUGUGAAAAACCAUUCCCAAGAUUCAUCAUUCUCACCAUCUACGAUCCCAAAAGCCAAUGA